AUGUAUUCCAACUGGCGGAUCAAGGAACUGAAAGAUGAGCUCCGAAAGCGUGGUGCUUCCUUACGUGGAAAGAAAGCAGAUCUUGUUGAAAGGUUGGAGUUAUAUGACCAAAACUUUAAUUUCGACCGUCCUGACAAGGCUGAUAAUGAAGAUCCAAAGAUGCAGUUACCGUUAAGUGAAACCUAUCGGGAUAUUAACAGUAACACAAUAUUGCCACCCCUAGAUAAAACCAUGAUCAGACAUUAUUUAUGCUACACACAGAAAAAAAUUGAUACAGUAGUGCGGUUAUAUGAAUCACGUCACUUGCUGAUGGCACGAGCUUCUGUGGUUGGUGACAAUACAUUCGUAAAAGGAUACUGCAGGAAGACUAUGAAGAGUCUACAGUAUGAAGUAGAUAUAGUAUUAAAUAUUAAUGGUAAUCCUGAAGCAUCACACUGUGAAUGUCCUGCUGGAAGUGGAACGAAUGCCUUGUGCAAACAUGUUGCAGUCCUCUUAUUUGGCAUUGAGAACAUGGUACGAGAAAAAAUUCUGCUUCUGCAAGAAGUAUGUACCCAAAAACUGCAGCAGUUCCAUGUGCCUAAAAAGCUUUACACUGGUACACCCGUCAAGGUAGAAAAAUUUUACAGGAGAAAAAGCAAUCCAAUUUUUGAACCAUACCCUCUCAAAAACAUAAAAAAGAUAUAA